GUAGUCAGUGUUCGGGCGAAGUAUCUUGUUGUUGUCAGGCGUUUUAGGUUAGGAUGCUGUGAAUCUAUUGUUCCUUGUUCUAGAUACGGAGUCUUUUCCUCAGCUGCGAUGUACGGGUUUGUCAAUUACGCCUUGGAACUUCUGGUGCUGAAAACGUUUGGCGAAGAAACAUGGGAGCAAAUCAAGAAAGACGCAGACGUCAACAUGGAAGGCCAGUUUCUCGUUCGACAAAUUUACGAGGACGAGAUCACUUACAAUUUAGUUGGAGCAGCUGUCAAAAUUCUGAAUCUCCCUGCCAACACAAUCCUAGAGCUUUUCGGGAAGAUGUUUUUCGAGUUCUGCCAAGACUCUGGUUACGACAAGAUCUUGCAAGUGCUCGGAGCUACACCUCGAGAUUUCCUUCAGAACCUUGACGCUCUCCACGAUCACCUCGGCACCCUGUACCCUGGCAUGAGAGCGCCUUCCUUCAGAUGUACGGAGAGACCAGAGGACGGAGCCCUCAUCCUCCACUACUACUCUGACAGGCCUGGGCUUGAGCACAUCGUCAUUGGCAUCGUAAAGACCGUGGCGAGUAAACUUCACGACACCGAGGUACAGGUAGACAUUUUGAAGACUAAGGAGGAAUGUGACCACAUACAGUUCCUAAUCACAGAGAAGUCAAACUCGGGGAGGAUCGCACCACCUGCCUUCGAGGAGAUUGAAACACUGUCUCUGGAACCUAAGGUGUCGCCGAAGACUUUUUGCCGAGUGUUCCCCUUCCACCUCCUGUUCGACCGCUCCAUGAGUAUUCUGCAGUGUGGCAGUGCUGUGGCCAGGGUUAUGCCUGCAGCCCUACAACCUGGGACUCGCAUUACAGACAUACUAGUCCCGGUACGACCUCACCUUGACCUGACGUUCGAUAACAUCCUGGCUCACAUCAACACAGUCUACGUCCUGCGUUCAAAGGAAGACGUUGUCGUCAACGUGUCAUCUCAGGACUUCUCUUCUCUCAGACUGAAGGGCCAGAUGCUCUCAAUACCUGAAACUGACCUCAUCAUGUUCGUAUGCUACCCCAGUGUCAUGAAUUUGGAUGAUCUAGUCAGACGAGGUCUCUACAUCAGCGACAUCCCUGUACACGACGCUACUCGAGACCUCGUCCUGAUGUCUGAACAGUUCGAGGCUGAGUACAAGAUGACCAGGAACCUAGAGUUGCUGACGGACAAGCUGCAGCAAACCUACCGCGUGCUGGACUCGGAGAAGCAGAAGACCGACAGGCUGCUCUACUCUGUUCUACCCAUCAGUGUUGCAAGCGAACUCCGCCACUGUCGCCCAGUCCCACCCAAGCGGUACGACCCUGUCACCGUCAUGUUCUCCGGUAUAGUCGGGUUCAGCAAAUAUUGCGCCAGACACACAGACGCUACAGGAGCAAUGGCGAUUGUCAAUCUUUUGAACAGACUGUACACACGCUUUGACGUCCUCACUGACCCGAAGAAGAAUCCCAACGUAUACAAGGUAGAAACAGUUGGAGACAAGUACAUGGCCGUCAGUGGCUUGCCAGAGCCCUGCAGAGAUCAUGCUAGAUGUAUCGCCAAACUGGCCCUGGACAUCAUGGACCUUAGUAGAGAGGUGCUAGACGACGAUGGAGUUCCUAUUCGUAUCUCCAUUGGGAUCCACAGUGGGGAGGUUGUCACUGGAGUCAUCGGCCACCGCAUGCCCAGAUACUGUCUCUUCGGGAACACGGUCAACAUCACGUCCAGAACAGAGACUACGGGAGCUCCGGGCAAGAUAAACGUCUCCCAGGACGCUUACAGAUUCCUGAGUCAAGCUGACAACGACGAUCCCCAGUUCCAUUUCGAGUAUCGCGGACCCGUGCAGAUGAAGGGGAAGAAAGAACCGAUGGAAGUCUGGUUCCUCUCGCGCAGCAAGGAAUACAUCGUAUGAACUGAUGACUAACCUCUUCAGCUGUGUAGUGGCAGCACUGAUCCAACAACCACAGUAGUACCAACACUGCAAAACAAAAACUCUGCAAACAACCUGGCAAUAGCAUUAAAACCUCACUAACGCAUGAUUUGGAGUAGCCUAUUGCGCAUACGCUAAAUGAGAACAACUCAAUUGGUUUUAAUCUUCUUUAAGUCGAGUCAGACUCCACGUUGUUCUUCCGUUCAUCCAUUCGUAAAUCAAAAAUCGUUAAGUGUUCACAUCGACUUUAUCUUUAGUCAAACGUGACCAGUUUAAUUGGUUAAUAUAAAGUAGGUAUACUUUGUUUCUAACAAUUACUAAUCAGCUUAAAAACCUUUGGCUGUCCCGAAAUCCUUAUAAUUUGUUAGGUUAGGUGAAUAUAAUUAUUUGAUACAAUGUAUAAUGAAAAGUAUGUAACAUUUGAGGGAGUAAUGAUAAUUAAAUUACUAUUCUAACUUACCUUAACCCAACUAACUUUAAAAGAUACUUGACUGGUGAUAUGAACAAAGCACGAAAAAACAUACUAAUUCGGCUAACUGUUCUUACUACUGAACUUUUAUUUAUACUGAGUUGAUAUUUUUUAGCCCUUGACCAAUAGGUUACUUCAAUUCUUGCUCUGACGGGGAUGCAUAAUCAAAAUGCGAGCCAAAGACUUGAGGCUCUAAUUUAUUUUCCUUCAUUUAUUUUAAUAGUUACUAUUAUUACCAAAUAUUGUUGACUAUUAUUUGUAUAGUACCUUUUAUCAACUAGGGCACUUCUAUAGCCAACUUGUCUCUGUUUUUUCUUUUACAUAUAGCUCUUAUUCAUCUCGUUUGAGAAAUUGACAUAACCCACCCAGUAUUCUUAAAAAAAGGUGACUGUUCGUUACAGGGUGUUAAAUAAAGGUGUGAACCAUGGUUUAGGUAGCGAUUUCUUGGAUCAAAAUUAGCAAAAGAGUUUAAUUUAACAUUCGUCUAAGCAAGCCGUUUGGCGUCUGUCUGUAUGUAUGUAAUGUUCAUAACUCCUUAAUAGUUUAACUACAUUUUUGAGAUUCUGCAAACAUUUUCAGCUUAUUGGUUUACUUUGGCUCUAUCUUUUGAAAAAAAUCAGAACCAAAACUGAUGAACCGUUUCAAAAUGGCGGUGAUUUUAAAUAUUAAUGCCAAAUUUUACGAAACCUGUUAAUGCUACCCUCUUAUGUAUCUUUUUUCUUUAUUUGUGAGGGUUAAGAUGUCUUGGUUUAGGAAAAGUUUGUUUAUUCAUUCUCAUUUGAGAACAUGUAUGCGUUUACUGAUCAAUUUGAGGGAAGCACCAAUUCCCAUAAACUUGUACAUUUGUAUAUAAAAUCCUAAGUAGGCUUUAAGCUUUUAACCACUUUUGUACAUAAAUUAAAAUGUGCGAAGCGCAACACUGUUCAUGUUCUUGGUAUGUAUUUGUAGAAUCAAAUUUUAAAUUUUCUCUCACGAAAGAUGUUUUUGAGUGGACUUUUGAUAAUUCAUUGUAUAUACUCAUUAUAUUUAGGCUUUAUGUCUUAUUUUAUUGUUUAAAAAAUCACUUUGAAGAGUUAGUAUUCUAAAAAUCGUUUUUUCCAAACUGGUGAAUUAAAAAAAAAUAUAAGUAAUUCUUUCUUGUAUCUUCUUAGAGAGUUGUCACUUUUAAAAAUGCCCUUGGAACUUUGGUAUCAAUAGUUUUGAUAAAUAAUAUUUUUUAAUUACCUUUUCAAUCAUUGAAUUGGCAAACUUUAAUCGAUAAAAGUUUAUAAACGUAGAAACUUGACUAAAGCUAGAUAAUAUAGUAGUGUUGUUGCUUGACAAAUUUAAAAUGUUAAAACCAUAGGACUUUGUAUUUUACAAAGUAAAAAUGUUUUCAUCAUCCCAUGCCCUUUCGGGUCACGUAGUCUAUUUACACCUAUGUAAAUAUAGGCCAGAAAUCUGUAAAGAUUUGAUCUUAAAAUGUAAUUUAAACAUGCGAUGAUUAAAAUCGCAAUUCUUACAAGAGGUUUCAAUCACUUAGAAUUUACAGCUUUCGUUUCUAAACACAUACUUGCUUUCAUGUUUAAUUUCUUCAUGUACAACGAAUAACAAAUGUACAUAGGUCGAUGAAAACUUUCACAAUAGGACUAAUGUAAAUAGAUAUCAAACAUAAAUGUUCCUGUUCGUUAACGGAGUGCUCUUUUGUAUUCAAAUCUCUGUUCUUUUUAACGACAAGUUUCAAAAUGUGAUUAAAUGUGUUUAAAGCAAUAAAAAUUCU